AUGGAGCUAGAAGGUGAAGGAUUUCAAACACAGGGAAGUGAGGGGGACAUCACAGUAGUGAAAAGUCGAGGAAGAGACCCGAAGGCGGCAUCCUGGAAGAAGUUAAGGGCUAGCAGUUUGGGAGAUUUAAAUGGAAAGGACAUUAGAGAUUGGGCACGUAAUGAGGGAGCUAAGCGCAAAGGGAACGAAGAAAGUGAUAGAGAGCAGAAAGUGAGAGUAGUUUCGCAAGGAAAGAAGGAGGAAUCGGUAGAAGAGAUGAUAAGUCAGGGUUUUAAAAAGGUGCUUGAUAAGCUGGACGAGGAGAAAAAAGAAAGAAAGAAUCAGUUUGAUGAGCUAAAGAGUGAGUUUGUAAAAAUGGAAAAGAAGAACCAAGAAUUGGAGUUAAAAGUGGGGAAAUUAUCGGCAGAAAUGCAAGCAGGAUGUAGAGGUAAUAACCAAAAGUGGAAGGAGUUGGAAACGGGUAUAGCAGAAAAAGAAAAAGCAAUGGAGAACAGCUCUAUCGGGAGAAGCAGAAAAUCAAGAAGGAAAAGAAGGAGCAGUAGACGGGAAGCAGAAGAAAAAUGGGUGGAAGAGGAAGAAAGGGAAAAAAGGAGUAAAAACCUGGUUAUCAUUGGAUGGGAUAAAGGAGAAGAUACGGGUAAGGAGGAGGUGGCAAAAUUCUUUAGGGAGGAGCUGGGGGUAGAAAGCGAGAUAGAAGAUAUAGAAGGGGCGAAAAUUAUCGGAAAGGAGGGGAAGAAAAUGACAUGGGUAUGA